GCUUUGCGCAUUGACUCCACCGCCUCGGGAACGUCAAGACACAGAAAAAGUUGGGCAUCGAUCGACGACAAGGUCAUUGUUACCGUGAAGAAGAAGAAGAACAACAAGUAGAGAAGGGAAGAAUGCAUAUAGAUCUGUCCUUGGACACAGCUGAUCAUCGGUCGACGGGCGAGGAUAAAGAUGAGGAGGAGUCGCGACGGGGGCAAGGAGAAGAUAAAGACGAGGAGGAGGCGAAGCAGAAGGGGAAGGGACAUGCGAGUUCAGGAAAGGGAUCCGCCGGCGACGACCGCCAUUCGAUCGAGGAUGAGUUGGGGAUUCUGCAAGCGGAGAUGGAACGCAUGAAGGCGGAGAACAAGAUACUGAAAGAGGUCAUCGAGAGGACCUUCAGAGACUAUCAAGAGCUGCAGGCGAAGUUGUCGGGAUUCCAGCAGCAAAAUCAUCAACCAGAGCAGCAAGUUUGUCUUUCUCUCGGAGGGGAUCAGAGCAGCAGCUUCCCGGAGCAGAAGAAGUCGUCGGCCGAGAGCAAAGAAACCAAGCGACUGGAAGAUGACAAGGAGUUGACUUUAUCUUUGAGCUUGCAAACCUAUGCCGACGACGAUCCAGAUCAACUAGAGGCCGAAGAAGCUGCUGAUCAGGAUAAAGUCAAAGAGACGUCGACGCCGAUGAGCAACUGGCCUGCGCCGCCGCCGCCGCCGCCGCGAUAUGCCAAUCCGGAGCCGUCCCAAGUCGCGACCCAAAGCAUCAACCCGGCCACUAGAAAAACUAGAGUUUCCGUUCGAGCACGGUGCCAAGGACCUACGAUGAACGACGGCUGUCAAUGGAGGAAAUACGGCCAGAAGGUCGCGAAGGGCAAUCCGUGCCCCCGGGCUUACUACCGAUGCACCGUCGCGCCGGGGUGCCCGGUGAGGAAGCAGGUGCAGAGGUGUCUGGAGGACAUGUCGAUAUUGGUGACGACCUACGAAGGGACGCACAACCACCCCUUGCCGGUCGGCGCCACCGCCCUAGCUUCCACCGCCACCUCGGCGGCGGCUAAUUUCCUGCUACCCAACGACGCUAAUCCAUCUUCCUACCUGAACCCUUACUUGGGGCACAACCCAUCUUUUUCUUCUUCCUCCAUGAUCAGCAGCUUCGCUAAUCCGAUCGGCAGCUUUUCCGGCGCGGCUACACCGGGAUCAUCCGGCCAGCAUCAAGUACUUCCUUCCGGUGUAAAGUACCCAUGGGCCAUGCCCUACCUCUCGAGCAAUUACAGUCCUCACUUUGGUGGCGGAAAUCCUUGGCUCUCGAGUAAGGAUGAGAGGUCCACGCCUGAAAAUGUUGCGGCGGCGGCGGCGGCGGCCAUUAGCUCAUUCAUCGAGAAGGAGAGCGGUGGAGGGCGCAAGGAUGGGGAGAGCAGUGCGUGAGCAAGUAGAAGAUCUCAGUAGAGAUCAAAGAUACACAGGUAUAUACACAAUUAGACUUGAUUGAUCGAGCAGUGCGGAGAAUUAUUGUUCCCUACAUCUUUCAUUGUUGUUCUUGUUGCAUACUGUUCCAUAGGGUAAUGUAGGUAGUUCCUUAAUUUUUGCAUUUAUUCUCAAAACAAUUUUGAGCAUAUAUUCCUAGCUACAUGAUCAUUAAUAAUUUCGU